AUGCACAAGCAACAGUUACAGUUCAAGAUCGAGUCGAUCAAGGACUUCGAGUUCUUUCGAGGAUGGUACUUCCCCAAGCAAUGGCGGGAUCGCAAGCUCCUCUUCUAUCUCAUGGGACUUGAGGUCCCCUUCACUAUCGUCAUCCUUACCCUCACCGGUAUUGCUUCCCACAACACAUACCGAACGCUGUUAUGGACGGAUGGUUAUGAGAAUGGCUUCAACAGUUCGCCUGAUCAGGCUCUCUACUCCGCUGCCAACUAUGAGCCCUAUACUCCUCCCCUCGUGUGGUCUAGUUUCUUGACCAACUUCAAUUUGGUUAUCGGUGUCCUGAGUACCUUCCUGUUGAUUGUGAAAAUUCCAGUUCACUUCAUGCACUUGCUCUUCCCUCCUUUCGCCGUGUUCAUCCACGGAGGCUGCAUCGUCGUAUAUGCCUUUGCAGCCCGCUACCAGGCCGGUCCCGACAUGUCAGACCCAUCUCAUCCCCAACCCGGGGCCCCAUGGUACAUCACCAAGAGCUGCAGCGUCGCCUACUCGACAUCGGAUAUCGGAUACUGCAGGCAGGCGAAAUGUCUUUUCGCUCUAUGCAUUAUUGUCAUUCUGAUCUAUUUCACCGAAUUUUGCAUCUCAGUCCGCUCCUGUUUCAUCACCCGGGCCGAGCGCGACGAGGUCGAUGAAGCCCGCGAGGACAAGCGCGUUGAAAAGGAGUUUGAGGAGGAGAUCAUGAAGUCCCCUUACUACCCUACAACUCCCGGCCUGGUUCCUCGCACUCCUGGCUUCCCACCUCUGGUCGCGCAACCAGCCGGCUUGAGCGGGCAAGGCGUGUACCCCUUCACUCCUCGUCACUUGGCGUUCAACCGACUCGACAGUCAGGCUUCGGACCUUCCGCUGCGUGAGAAUGGCUCUUCCAGUGCUCCUUCGCCGCAGACAACGCAUCAACCAUCUCCAGAUGCGUCGCAAUCGCAGAUGUACUUCCCGCCUCCACCGAAGAAAGCUACAAAUUAA